CGCACUGGCGCUACAGGACUGGCCCGGAAAGGUGCUUGUUGUAUUAAGCGUGCCGCGGAUAGCGCAGCUCCGGGGGUUCGAGCGGCUGAAAGGCGAAUGGAAGAGUUUAACCACGACCUAGAGGCGAGCGAUGGACUUCCUUCACCGUUCGCUGCGAACUAAGGCUGCGUUUGAACUAAACAGCAGGAGGGGGUUGGAGGACUUCAAAAGGAAUCCAACCCGUGCCCGCGGGGGGCUGGGUGUGCGGGUGAUGAAUCUCACGUUCCUAUUGGUUCCUGGAUGGCAAUUGAUACACCCACCGGGCUACCUGAUUGGUUGCCACGCUGCUUUGUAUCUUUCCGCCCAGUUAGUUACAGCAGCGCUGUGUGUCAUUUCUCCCGGAGAGGAGCUGGGUCUACGGUAUCGCCGCUAUCAGCAACACUGCCAGGAAUCAUGGCAGCUGAUGACCAUGGUUUGGAUUGUAAAUGCUGUUCUCAUGGCUCUUCGGUGCCGAUCAGCGUACACCAAACAUUGGAGGAGAUGGAUUUUGACAGAGGGAGUGAUUCGUGUAUGGAACGAGCUGCCAGGGGAAGUGGUGGAGGCUGGUACAAUUACAACAUUUAAAAGGCAUCUGGACGGGUACGUGAGGAAGAAGGGUUUAGCGGGUUGGGGCCAAAUGCUGGCAAAUGGGACUAGAUUAAUUAUGGGAUAUCUGGUCAGCCAAGGCAACUUGUACCGAAGGGCCCAUUUUCAUGCUGGAUGACUAUGACUCUGUGCCUUGUAAAUAUUGAUGUUAAGAGAGACUCGGGUGUUCUUGUUCAAAUUAUAGCAAAAUUGAUGGCAUGCAGCGACAAAAAGCAAAUGGGAUGUUGGCAUUUAUACAAUAAUGCAAAACAAAUACAGUUCAAUACAGCACAGGAAUAGGCCCUUCAGCCCAACAAGCCUUCACUGACUCCUAGUCCUUAUUUAGAGCCACUACUUAGUGCCCAUGCUCAGUUUCUGUCCCCUCUAUUUGCCUCCCAUUCAUAUGUCUAUUAAGAUACGCCUUAACUGUUGCUAAUAUGUCAGCUUCCAUCACCUCCACUGACAGUGCAUUCCAAGCACCAACAUACUCUGGGUUAAAAAUUUUACUCACACUUCUCCCCCAAGCUUUCCUCUCACCUUGAACCUGCGCCCUCUUGUAUUUGAAUUUUCCAUCCUGGGAAAAAGCCUCUGACUAUCCGCCCUAUCUAUGCUGCUCGUAAUUUUGUAGACAUCCAAUAGGUCGCCCCUCACCCUCUGUCUCAGUGAAAACAAGCCUGAGUUUAUCUAACCUCUCCUCAUAACUGAAAC